UGCGUAAAUACGAAUUGAAGUCUUAACUAUAUCUGAUAUAUAUAUAUAUUUAUAAGAUAAUCAAGGCCUUGUUUUAAUUAAAAAUGUUUGAUUGUUUUCGGAAAUUCGUUAAACGGCAUCAGCGCAAACUCGUCUUUAUGGGAGUUUUGAGCAGUGGUGUAUUCUUUGGAUUAAAAUAUGUCCAAUACAAAGUUGCAGAAUUUCGAGUGAAAGAGGCCAGAGCAAAUGCCAUAUAUGCCAGGAAGCAACAUCACUUUACCAGUAAUCAAAAAACAUGCAACUGCACAGCCUUAUCAAUGCUACCAAACCUUAGGGAAUGCCUUCUGAAUGCUAUUGACACAGAAACUCUUACAAGGCAGCUUAAAAUCAGUCCAGAAAAUCAACUUCAGAUAUGGAAUCAACUAAAACUAUUAAGUUUCACCCGAACCAUAUCUGCUGUUUAUUUGUGUAGUAUGCUAGCUCUGCUGCUCAGAGUUCAACUCAAUGUUAUCGGUGCAUAUAUUUACAGAGAUAAAUUUAUAGAAAAGACAAGUGAUAUUGAAUCAGAGACUGACGGUCCUACUUUAGACAUACAAGAACGGUUACUUGCAGUAGUGGAACAUUUAUUAGGUGAAGGUCUUAGAACUCUGUCAGAACAUGUGAAGUCAGCUGUGACCAAAGCUAUAGGAAUAAUUUCUCUGAAGGAAAAGCUGACAUCACAGCGUGUACAGAACAUAAUACAUCAGGUACGGUUUGCAGUUGAAUGUGAUUGCGAUGCUGGGCCAACUGGAACACCAAGUUGUCAUAAAUUAGCCACAUUUAUAUUGCCGCCAGAAGACAAGCCUGAUGUUGUUCUCAGUUCCAGAUCCAGUGAGGACAUUCUUUUCAACAAAAUGUUAUCUGAAAUUAGAGAUAUUGUCGAGAGCGAUGAUUUUCACACUGUGCUUUUCUUUUGCUUUGAUUUGGGUUUUAUGCAUUUGAAUGAAAAACUCUCAGAGAAUUUCUCUGUUCCUUACACAGCACACCCACCGAGUCGAGCAAAUCUGAGUGAAGUAGAAAUACCAAUGGCGAAGUUCAUCCCAAUUAUCAACAAACAAGUUUACCAUUUAUGUUCAAACACACCAAACAGGUUUUUUUCAGAAAUUAUUAAUGAUGAACAAAAUGACCGAUUUGGCUGCAAAUAUAUACGAGGCAUUUACUCAUGAACCAGAAAUUACACCUCCACCAAGACAUUAUUAUUUCUUUUGAUUGAAAAAGAAAAAAAAAAAAGUAUCUUUUUCUGAAAUUCCAUCCAGAGUUCGGUGAAGCU